AUGUAUCUUGCACCUCUCCUCUUUGCGGCCCUCGCGCAGGCAGCGCCCCAGUUCGGUGGCUCCCAGGGCUUCACCAUGCUCCGCUUUGGCUGUGCGCAGUCAGUCGUUGAUCGAAUCGAUCCGCUGGUGAACCCAGGCGUGGCACCCUCACCGCAUAUGCAUCAAGUGGUUGGUGGUAACGCCUUCAACAUCUCCAUGCAGUCCACGGACAUCUCGAAGUUGGCGACUUGCACUACAUGUGGGUACUCUGAGGAUUUGAGCAACUACUGGACGGCAAACAUGUACUUCAAGGCCAGGAACGGAACGUACAAGCGUGUUCCUCAGGUUCCUAACAGGGACCUCUUCAACGACAAGUACACUGGGAAGACUACCGGUGGCUUCGUCGUUUACUAUGUUUCCGGUGGCAAGAACGACGUGACGGCCUUCAAGCCUGGCUUCCGUAUGCUUGUAGGCGAUGCGGCAAAUCGCGUAUCGAAGGGCCGGAAGUCUCAGACUUGCUUCCGUUGCUAUAGCGGGCCCAACUUUGGCGGAGAUAAUGCUGCGCCCUGCCAGGACGCCACUUUGGAUACCGAGGGCUUUCCUACCAAGCCUUGCCCUGGUGGCAUCCGCAGCAACAUCCUCUACCCAACAUGCUGGGAUGGCAAGAACCUCGACUCGCCCGACCACAAAUCCCACGUUGCGUACCCCACGAACGGCCCAGCUAUCUUCUCCGGCACCAGUACCGGUGGCGCAUGCCCAUCAACACACCCCGUCAAGAUCCCACAGAUCAUGCUCGAGAUUGUCUGGGACACCACCAAGUUCAACAACAAAGCUGAGUGGCCUACCGAUGGCUCGCAGCCCUUCUAUCUCAGCCAAGGUGACAACACGGGUUAUGGCCAGCACGGCGAUUAUGUCUUUGGCUGGAAAGACGAUUCGCUCCAGAAGGCGAUGAAUGAUGCAAAGGGUUGCAUGGGUGCCAACUGCGGUAGCUUGAAGACGCAACAGCCUGCUGAUGGAAACAAGUGCGUUGUUCCGAAUCGGGUCAAGGAAGAGCGUGAUGGCUGGAUGACGUCCUUGCCUGGUAUGGACGAGAAAUAA